GUCAAUCGCUUCGUCUCACCUUCUCUUUUACCCACUUUCUCCAUCACGCCCACCACAACCCACAAUCAAUCUAUCACCUACUCUGGUUAACGACUUCAAGCAGCAACCGCACAGUAUCCCUCCCACUUGUCGCGAUCCAUGUCGCGUCCCCUGUGAUUAUCCGAAUGCUUUAGGGCGCUAGAAGUGGAAGUAGAGGAGGGGGACAAUGGCGACCCAACAACAGAUCGCCCUUGAGCGGCUUGAUGUGAUCACCCGUGACCUUCGUUCUAGUCGAGUCUCUGAUGAUGCUCGGAGACGAGCUGCUCUUCAGCUCCGUGAGCUGGUCUUGGUUUGCCAUCGAGACCUUCAACCAGACCACUUCAAUACCGUCUACACGGCGGUCAAUAAUCGCAUCACCCAGCUCAUCGCCCAUGGAAACGAUUCGGCCGAACGCCUGGGCGGCGUCUAUGCCCUCGAUAGUAUCGUCGACAUCGAAACCUCCGACCAGGCAACCAAGUAUGCCCGCUUUCUCCAAAACCUCAAGGCCAUCCUGCGCGGCAAGGACACAAUCCCCAUGCCAGCAGCGGCCGUGACUCUGGGAAAGAUGUGCCGUCCGGGCGGCUCUGUUAUUAGCGAGCUGGUCGAAUCCGAAACCCAGAUGGCCCUGGAAUGGCUACAAAACGACCGCGUUGAAGAACGUCGUUACAGCGCCGCCCUCGUCCUCCGCGAGCUGGCCAAGCAGGCCCCGACUCUUAUGUACAGUUAUGUGGGUCUUGUCCUGGACCUCAUCUGGAGCAGUUUGCGCGACGCCAAGUAUCUUAUUCGUGCCACCUCGGCCGAGACCGUGGCCGCCUGCUUCCGCAUCAUCCGCGAGCGAGACCAGGAGCUGAAGAAGUCUUGGAUGGAGAAAGCAUACAACGAGCUCCUGCGAGGCCUUCAGAACGGCUCCAUCGAGUACAUCCACGGCUCCCUCCUCAUGCUGAAAGAACUGCUGGAGCAGGGCGGCAUGUUCAUGCAAGAACACUACUCCGAGACAUGCGAGAUCGUCUUACGAUACAAGGAGCAUAAAGAUCCGGCCGUCCGGAAGACCAUCGUUCUCCUGAUUCCCGACUUGGCCAGCUAUUCCCCCGCCGAGUUUGACCAGAGCUACCUUCACAAGUUCAUGAUAUACCUCAUGGGUAUGCUCAAGAAGGAAAAAGAGCGAACCGAUGCCUUCCUGGCCAUUGGCAACAUUGCCACAUCCGUUAAGAGCGCUAUUGCCCCGUAUCUAGACAAUGUCAUGAUCUUCGUCCGCGAGGGCCUCAGCCAGAGCGCUCGGAAACGAGGGUCCGUCGACGCCGUCUUCGAGUGCAUUAGUAGGCUUGCCGUAGCCGUCGGCCAGACCCUGAGCAAAUACAUGGAGGCCCUCCUCGACCCCAUCUUCGACUGCGACCUCACCCCGAAACUGACCCAGGCCCUCGUCGACAUGGCCUUCUACAUUCUCCCGGCCCAGGAGACCAUCCGGUCCCGGCUCCUCGACAUGCUGAGCAUCGUCCUCUGCGGCGAGCCUUUCAAGCCUCUGGGUGCGCCCCAUCCCAACACCCUCACCGCGGCCCCCGUCAUCAGCAAAGACGCCAGGGACCCCCACGCCUACGAGCACCGCAAGGCCGAGAUCAAGCUCGCCCUCAAUACCCUCGGGAGCUUCGACUUCGCAAACCACGUGCUUAAUGAGUUCGUGCGCGAUGUCGCCAUCAAGUACGUCGAAGACGAGGACCCCGAAAUUCGGGAAGCCGCUGCCCUCACUUGCUGUCAGCUCUACGUCCGCGACCCCGUCGUCAACCAGACUAGUUAUCAUGCCUUGCAGGUGGUCAGCGACGUUAUCGAGAGGCUUCUCACCGUCGGCGUGUCCGACCCCGAGCCUUCUAUUCGAAGGACCGUGCUGGCCGCGCUCGACGAGCGGUUCGACCGCCACCUCGCCAAGGCCGAGAACGUUCGUACCUUGUUCUUUGCCCUCAACGACGAGGUCUUUGCCAUCCGAGAAGUGGCCAUUUCCAUCAUUGGGCGCCUGGCCCAGCAUAACCCGGCUUACGUGAUUCCCUCUCUCCGCAAGACCCUGAUUCAGCUCCUGACCGAGCUCGAGUUCUCCGACGUCGCCCGUAACAAGGAGGAGAGCGCGAAGCUCCUAAGCCUCCUGGUACAGAACGCCCAGGGUCUCGUCAAACCCUACGUCGACCCCAUGAUGUCCGUGCUCCUCCCCAAGGCCAGCGACCCGACUCCCUCCGUUGCUGCCACCAUCCUGAGAGCCAUGGGAGAGCUCGCCACCGUCGGAGGCGAAGAUGUCCUUCCGUACAAGGACCGCCUGAUGCCGCUCAUCAUCGACGCCCUCCAGGACCAGAGCUCGAACGUCAAGCGAGAAGCGGCCCUGCAUGCGCUUGGCCAGCUGGCUAGCAACUCGGGAUACGUCAUCGAACCCUACCUCGAGUACCCCCAGCUCUUGGAGCUUCUCCAGGGCAUCAUCAGGACGGAAGACCAACGGGGUCCUCUGCGCAGCGAGACGAUUAAAUUGAUCGGCAUCCUUGGCGCCUUGGACCCUUACAAGUACCAGCAGGUCGAACAAGACAGGCCGGAGGUGCAGAGGCAUGCCGAAGCCACGCAGAUGACCGACAUCUCCCUCAUGAUGACGGGCUUGACGCCCUCCAACAAAGAAUACUACCCCACCGUGGUCAUCAACGCCUUGCUGCAGAUUCUCAAGGAUAACUCUCUCCAGGCUCACCAUCCCGCCGUCAUCGAAGCCAUCAUGAACAUCUUCCGCACCCUUGGCCUGGAGUGCGUAUCAUUCCUGGAUCGGAUCAUCCCGGCUUUUCUCGGUGUCCUUCGCGCCGCACCCAACAAGAGGGUCGAAUCCUACUUCAGCCAGCUCGCCACCCUCGUCAGUAUUGUCCGCCAACAUAUCCGCAACUUUCUUCCCGAGAUCGUCGACACGUGCCGCGAAUACUGGAAUGCCGGCCUGGGUCUGCAAUCUACCAUCUUGUCGUUGGUCGAGGCCAUCUCGCGAUCGCUGGAAGGCGAUUUCAAGAUCUACCUCGCAGGACUACUUCCCCUGAUGCUGGGAGCCCUCGAGAAAGACACGUCACAGCGCCGCGUGCCUUCCGAGAGAGUCCUCCACACCUUGCUCGUCUUGGGUUCUAGCAGCGAGGAGUACAUGCACCUGAUCAUCCCCGUCAUCGUUCGCACGUUCGAGAAGCAAGGCCAACCCACGCAUCUCCGCAAGGCGGCCAUCGAGACCAUCGGCAAGAUCUCGUACCAGGUCAACCUGAACGACUACGCAUCCAAGAUCAUUCACCCACUCACCCGUGUGAUGGCUAGUGGCGAUCCCACCUUGCGCGUUGCCGCGCUCGACACUCUCUGUGCCCUGAUUCACCAGUUAGGAAAGGACUACCUGCAUUUCAUGGGCACCGUGAACAAGGUCAUCGCCACGCACCAGAUUCAGCAUCAGAACUACGACCUCCUGGCCAGCAAGCUGCAGAAGGGCGAAGUCCUCCCCCAGGACCUCGGGUCGGCGGACCGCUUCGUCGACCACGUCGAUAGCAACAUGUUUGGCGAACUGGCUUCCAAGAAGCUCGAGAUGAAUGCCAUCCACCUCAAGGCGGCCUGGGAUACCAAGGGCAAAUCGACCAAGGAGGACUGGCAGGAGUGGCUGCGCCGGUUCUCAACCACGCUCCUGGCUGAGUCGCCGAACCACGCACUUCGCGCCUGUGCGGCGCUCGCCAGCUCGUACCUGCCCCUGGCCCGCGAACUGUUCAACUCGGCCUUCGUGUCGUGUUGGUCCGAGUUGUUCGACCCGUUCCAGGACGAACUCAUCAGCAACAUCGAGAACGCCAUCAAUUCGGAAAACGUGCCGCCCGAUCUGCUCGGCUUGCUCCUUAACCUCGCCGAGUUUAUGGAACACGAUGACAAGGCCUUGCCGAUAGACAUACGCAUCCUGGGGCACCAAGCGGGCCGCUGCCACGCGUACGCGAAGGCCCUCCACUACAAGGAACUCGAGUUCUUGCAGGACCAGAGCAGCGGCGCCGUCGAGGCGCUCAUUGGCAUCAACAACCAUCUCCAACAAUCCGACGCCGCCAUCGGCAUUCUCCGAAAGGCUCAGCUGUACAAGGAAGGCAUUCAGCUGAGGGAAACCUGGUUCGAGAAGCUCGAGCGCUGGGAGGAAGCCCUCGACUUUUACACGAAGCGCGAGCAGGAUCUUGGCGAGGACCAGUCCGUGCCCGUGGAGAUCAUCAUGGGCAAGAUGCGCUGCCUGCACGCGCUGGGCGAGUGGGAUUCGCUCGCCAACCUCGCCAGCGACACGUGGUCCAACUCGUCCCCGGAGGUGCAGCGCCUCAUUGCUCCGCUGGCCACUGCCGCCGCAUGGGGCUUGGGCAAGUGGGAGUCGAUGGAUCACUAUCUCCAGUCCAUGAAGCGUCACUCGACCGACCGCUCCUUCUUCGGGGCCAUUCUCGCCCUGCACCGCAAUCACUUUAGGGAAGCGCUGAACUGCGUGCAGCAGACGCGGGACGGUCUCGAUACCGAGCUUAGUGCUCUCGUGAGCGAGUCGUACAAUCGCGCCUACACGGUGGUCGUCCGGGUGCAGAUGCUGGCGGAGCUGGAGGAGCUCAUCUUCUACAAGCAGACAGACGAGAAGAAAAGGGCGGCCAUGCGCCGCACAUGGGAGACGCGACUCAUGGGCUGCCAGCGCAACGUCGAGGUGUGGCAACGCAUGCUGCGGCUACGAGCACUCGUCAUGAGCCCUUCGGAAAACAUGCAGAUGUGGAUCAAGUUUGCGAACCUCUGCCGCAAGUCGGGGCGCAUGGGCCUCGCCGAGAAGUCGUUGAAGCUGCUCGUCGGCACCGACUCGGUGCUCACCAGCAUGAUUCCUUAUUGGAACGAACGCCCCGGACAGUUCACGGCGAGUUUGCCUAGGAACAUCCCGUCGCAGAUCAUGUACGCGGUUCUCAAGUACCAGUGGGAUGUCAGCCAGCAACUGGGCCGCAAGACGUCGACCAUGGCGGAUCGGACGCUCUACAGCCUACGCAGGUUCACGCAGGAUUUGACCCACCGACACGAGGUGACCAAGGCGCACCUCUCGGCACAGGUGCCCCAGGGGGUGGACAUCAUGAACGGCGGCGGGGACUACGGAUUCCCCCAUCCCUUUGACACGAACGGAGUGAUGAGUCCGCAGACGCAACGUGCGCUGCAAGAACAAACGGUCCUGUUGGCGAAAUGCUACCUGCGGCAGGGACACUGGCUGAUUGCCCUGAAUAAGGAGACAUGGCAUCACAACCACGUGAAGGAUAUCCUUGCCGCCUACAAUUCCGCCACCAAGUUCAACCCCCGCUGGUAUAAGGCGUGGCACGCAUGGGCGCUGGCCAACUUCGAGAUCGUCCAAGCCGCCGCGUCCCGGGGCGGCGAGCUCAACGUCCCGGUAUCGGAACAGCAGCUGAUCCUCGACCACGUCGUCCCGGCCGUCCGUGGAUUCUUCAAGUCGAUCGCGCUGUCGGAGGGCAGCUCCCUGCAGGACACGCUCCGCCUGCUGACGCUUUGGUUCGCUCACGGUUCCAGCGCAGGUGUUAACGCCGCUGUGACGGAAGGUUUCACGCAGGUCAGCGUCGAUACCUGGCUGGAGGUGAUCCCCCAGCUCAUUGCGCGCAUCAACCAGCCGACGCGACGUGUGCAGCAGACGGUCCACAGCCUCUUAGCCGACGUGGGCAGGGCGCACCCGCAGGCUCUCAUCUACCCGUUGACGGUGGCGAUGAAGUCCUGGCAGAGCGCGCAGCGGUCGCGGUCUGCGGCGCAGAUCCUCGACAGCAUGCGGCAACACAGCGCCAAUCUCGUCGCGCAAGCCGACGUCGUCAGCCACGAGCUUAUCAGGGUCGCUGUGCUGUGGCACGAGCUGUGGCACGAGGGCCUCGAGGAGGCGUCGCGGCUGUACUUUGGCGACCACAACAUCGAGGGCAUGUUCGCAACGCUGGAGCCUCUCCACGACCUCCUGGAACGCGGACCCGAGACGCUUCGGGAAAUCUCUUUCGCGCAGACGUUUGGUAGGGACCUCACGGAAGCGCGGGAGUGGUGCCGCCAGUACGAGACCAGCCGGGACGUCAACGACCUCAACCAGGCGUGGGAUCUGUACUACCAGGUUUUCAGGCGGAUUUCGCGGCAGCUGCCGCAGCUGACGUCGUUGGAGCUGCCGUAUUGCUCGCCCAAGCUCCUGGCGGCCAAGGACCUGGACCUCGCGGUCCCGGGCACCUACCGCAGCGGCCAACCGAUCGUGCGCAUCAUGGAGUUCGACGGCACCUUCACUGUUAUUAAUAGCAAACAGCGGCCGAGGAAGAUCAGCGUCAUGGGUAGCGACGGUGUACGCUAUGGCUUCCUGCUGAAGGGCCACGAAGACAUCCGUCAGGACGAGAGGGUGAUGCAGCUGUUUGGCCUCUGCAACACGCUGCUCGCCAGCGACUCGGAGUGCUACAAGCGUCACCUUAACAUCGAGCGCUUCCCGGCCAUCCCGCUGUCGCAGAGCUCGGGUCUCUUGGGAUGGGUGCCCAACAGCGACACGCUCCAUGUCCUUAUCAGGGAAUACCGAGAGAGCAGAAAGAUCCUCCUUAAUAUCGAGCAUCGCAUCAUGCUCCAGAUGGCUCCCGACUACGACAAUCUCACGCUGAUGCAGAAGGUGGAAGUGUUCGGCUACGCGUUGGACAACACGACGGGCCAGGAUCUCUAUCGGGUCCUGUGGCUCAAGAGCAAGAGCUCCGAGGCCUGGCUGGAGAGGCGGACCAACUACACUCGAUCUCUGGGCGUGAUGUCGAUGGUCGGGUACAUCCUCGGACUCGGCGACAGGCACCCGUCGAAUCUUAUGCUGGAUCGCAUAACGGGCAAGAUCAUCCAUAUUGAUUUUGGCGAUUGUUUCGAGGUUGCCAUGAAGCGCGAGAAAUACCCGGAGCGGGUGCCGUUCCGAUUGACACGCAUGCUCACGUACGCCAUGGAGGUUAGCAACAUCGAGGGAAGUUUCAGGAUUACAUGCGAACAUGUCAUGCGGGUGCUGCGCGACAACAAGGACAGUCUUAUGGCGGUCCUAGAGGCGUUCAUUCACGAUCCUCUCCUGACUUGGCGCCUCACCGACACCAAGGCAGCCAGCCCGACGGGUCCCGACUUCCGAGCGGCGGGCGAUCCAGUCGUCGCAGGACCGCAGGGCCCUCGCGAUCGUCGGCCGUCGAUCCUCGAAGCCGACGCGCCUCCCUCGGAACUGCUGGCCAUGGGAGGAGACACGGCGGGGCUGGCGGGUGCCGCGUCAAGGACACGGGCGAGGGCGAAUUCGUCGGUGGUGCCGAGCAGCCUCGCGAACGGCGUCAACGGGCAGGAGGGCCCGGAAGUGCAGAACGCGCGGGCACUGGAAGUGCUGGAUCGCGUGUCGCAGAAGCUCACGGGCCGGGAUUUCAAGCCCGACGAGGAACUGGAUAUUGUCAGCCAGGUGAACAAGCUCAUUACGGAGGCGACCAAGCUGGAGAACCUCUGCCAGCACUACAUCGGAUGGUGCAGCUUCUGGUGAUGACGGGGAAUCCGAAUGGUUGCAGUGAUACGGGACGGGGAGGCUCGGAUCUUGGAGUAGGAGAAUCAUGUGAAGGGAGAGGUGAAGGAUCUUGCGGAUGUCUUUCUUCAUUUUCUUGAGGCUCGAGUUUCGAGGGGGUGAUGUGUGGAACUGGCGUUGGGUGGGGGGAGGGGGCCAAUCUUUUGCCAUGAGUGCCUAUUUGAUAGAGGGCUUGAUGGAUUUCAGGGUUGUCGGAAAGGGUCUCUUUCGCGAGUGCCUUUUCUUCUUUAUUUUUGUUAUUCUCUUCCUUGCUACAUACCCCCUCAGGUCUCAGGGGAAUGACUUGGCUGGUGGUAUUUUGGUCUUUUUUUUGUUUUCUUUCAACGGAUGGCCUCUAGGGAUCGGCCGGACUAGAUGCUUUGCAACAAGGGGCGUUGCGGAUUUCUAGAUCCUAGGAGAACGAAAAUAACAGUUUUCGUCUUUGACGACAGGGAUGGAGAAGGGAGG